AUGGCUCCCACACAGCAGGCUGCGUGGAGAAAAGCUCCCACCGAGGAGGACAUUGCGCGCCGCCAGACCGUCGGCAUCAACAAGGAAACCGUCACGGACAUCUCAUCCACCGAUUACCCUGGCCAUUACCCCGGCGAGGACCUUGCCUUCACGCUCGAUCGCUUCCGUGACGCCUUCUCGGUGAAUUUCCACCAGAACGACCAGUUUCUCUCAUCCUUCUCCCUCGUCGGAAUCGACGCCUCGCUCGCAAACGCUUUCCGUCGUAUCCUUCUUUCCGAGAUCCCCACCCUCGCUAUUGAGAACGUCUAUAUCGAGAACAAUACCUCUGUCAUCCAGGACGAGGUGCUUGCCCACCGUCUUGGUCUCAUUCCCUUCAAGGGCGGUCGCGAAGGUCUGCACAACUUCCUCAAGUGGCAUAAGAAGCCAGAGGCUGGCGAGGACCCUUAUGCCGGCUGCUUUGACUGGAACACGGUCCGUCUCGAGCUCAACGUCACUUGUACCGUUAACGAGGAUGCUUCGCCUGCCGAGAACGACCCUCUCAAGGCCUACCACAAUGCGCACGUCUAUGCGCGCGACAUUGUCUUCGUCCCUACUGGCAAGCAGAUCGAGUACUUUAGCGGCGAGGACGCCAUUGCGCCCACAAACCCAGAUAUCUUGAUCGCUAAGCUGCGACCCCGACAGACUAUCAACCUCGCUAUGCAUAUGCACAAGGGUGUCGGCUCUGACCACGCCAAGUUUUCUCCCGUUGCGACUGCCUCUUACCGCCUUCUACCUACGAUCACGAUCACGAAGCCCAUCUUGGGAGCCGAUGCCGAAAAGUUCGCCAAGUGUUUCCCCAAGGGCGUUAUUGGUGUUGAAAAGGUCACACCCGAGGAAGCCGCUCGAUCUGGCAGCGGCUAUGAGGGCCAGGAGGGCGAGACCAAGGCUGUGGUUGUGGAUGCUAUGAAGGAUACCGUCAGUCGUGAGGCUCUACGACACGCAGAGUUCGAGGGCAAAGUGAAGCUGGGCCGAAGACGGGACCACUUCAUCUUCUCUAUCGAAAGCACAGGGCAGUGGGAUAGCGACGAGCUCUUCCUCGAAUCAGUUAAGCAUCUGAAGCUAAAGUGCAAGAAGCUCGAGCAGCAGGUUAUCAACAUGGCGAGGUAA